UACAAGAGUGAGCUGCUGCCCACGGUGCAGGCUCUGGAGUCGAUGGGCUACGACCUGUACGCCAGCCUGGGGACCGCUGACUUCUACACAGAGCAUGGAGUCAAGGUGAAAGCGGUGGACUGGCCGUUUGAGGAGGAGGAGAGCGACUGCCCCAACAAAGAGAAGCAGCGCAGCAUCAUGAACUACCUGGAGGAGAACCACUUCGACCUGGUGAUCAACCUGUCGGGGAGGAUCAGUGGAGGCCGCCGGCUCUCCUCCUUCGUCACCAAGGGUUACCGGACCAGGCGCAUGGCCAUCGACUACUCUGUGCCGCUCAUCAUCGACAUCAAGUGCACCAAGCUCUUUGUGCAG